UUGUCCAUAUGAUAAGUCGAAAUGUGGAGCCAAUUUUAGACAACCUCAUGCUUGGCCAUCGAAAAAAAUUGGUAUUUGUAUGGGAUCAAGAAAAAUGUAUUGAUAGUGGUUUUCCAACUGUGGAGAAGCAAAAUAAGCCAAUAUUUUUGAAGCAAUUGAAGAAAAUAUGGGAAAAUAAUUAUUAUGGUGGAAGAUUUUCAGAAUAUAACACACUUUUAAUUGAUGAUGAACCCCAUGUUGCUCUACUAAACCCUCCUAAUACUGCUGUUUUUCCUCCUGCUUACAAAGUUAAUAAUAAGAGAGACACAUUUCUAGAUUCUAAGGGUGAAAUGCGUGAGUUUUUGGAGGGACUAGUUGAUGCUGAUGAUGUUCCAACGUACGUUAAAGGACAUCAAUUUGGAGAACCUACGAUAACAAAUAUUCAUAAGGAUUGAGAUUAUUAUGCUAAGAUAAUUCGAGCUGCGGAAGAUCCUAGCUUUGGUUGUUCUGAUUACGAAUCUGAGUACUCUGAUUAAGGAUUUUAAUUACUAGUAUUAUGUUCUAUGAAGAAGGUUAAUGGUUUUUCCCAGAACAUUAAGUAAAUCUUUUCUUCGUAAUUGUGUACUUAUGAUGUUUUGGUGU